AUGCGCCGGCACCGUGCUAAGACUCUCGAGGUGGGGAUGGUUUUCCAUGACGGCAAAUUUGAGAGCAAUGAUCCCGCCUGCUGGUUCUGCCACUAUAAGAACUGUGUCCAGCACUUUCUGGACCACGGUCAAUAUAUGCCGAUGGUACAGUCAAUCGCCGCCUUCGUCGUCACCUGUCUUCCUUACCAACGGUGCUCUGAUCCCAUCGCCACCACGCCAACCCUUCAUUUCAAUACUUUGCCGCCAUUCGUCUCUCUAAGGCAGUAUAUUAAAUGCCUAUUUGUCACGGCGGAGACUCCGCGAAACCUUUUGCGAGCCUUUUUUGGGGAUCUCUGGGAAGCCGGCAUCCCGUUUUUGACGCCGCUGUGUGACUCUUCCGAGGACGAGAUCCGGGCGCCUGAGGUGAAGUGGAUCGAAUGGUUGGCGAUAGAGUAUUAG